UCGGUUCUCGGUGUGUCCUGCUGUCUAGGGGACCAAGAAGGUGCACUGAGGAAAGAACCCCUAGAGAAUCGCAGGAGCCACCAGGGCCCAGCGAUGGGUGCGGGCAGAGAACCAGCUCCUGUAGAGAGAAUGAAAGGGACCCGCUGGCAGUACACUCGGCUGCCCACCUGCAUGGAGGAUGCGCUGCCCGGGGAAGAAGGCAAGGAGGAGGAGGAGGAGGAGGAGGAAGAGGAAAAGGAGGCAGAGGCAGCCCCCAGCCCUGGCCCGGCAGACCCCAUGGAACCUCAGCUGACAGAAACCAGCCAGGUCCUGGGAGCCUCAGAGAUUAGGCAGCUCAGCCUCCACCUACCCCCAAGAUUUGUUGGCAGCCCCUGGAACCUGGUCUUCUGCACAUCGAGGGACGGUUUCAGUCUUCAGAGCCUGUACCGGCAGAUGGAGGGCCACAGCGGGCCGGUGCUGCUGCUGCUCAGGGACCAGGAUGGGCAGAUGUUUGGCGCCUUCUCCUCCUCCACGCUCCGGCUCAGCAAAGGCUUCUACGGCACCGGGGAGACAUUCCUCUUUACCUUCUCCCCCCAGUUGAAGGUCUUCAAGUGGACUGGCAGCAACUCGUUCUUUGUCAAAGGGGACCUGGAUUCACUGAUGAUGGGCAGCGGUAGUGGCCGGUUUGGGCUGUGGUUAGAUGGAGACUUGUACCGUGGGGGAAGCCACCCGUGUGCGACCUUCAACAAUGAGGUGCUGGCCCGGCAGGAGCAGUUCUGCAUCAAGGAGCUGGAGGCCUGGGUUCUGAGCUGA